AUGAGUUUUGAAAUAGAGCAGGAAUAUUAUGUUCCUCCAGAUGUUCUGUUUAACACCUUUACCGAUGCACAUACCUUGACAAGACUAUCCAGGGGCUCCUUAGCUGAAGCGGACCUAAGGGUUGGAGGAAAAUUUUCUUUAUUUUCGGGAAGUAUAUAUGGAGAAUAUGUCGAAAUUGAAAAACCACAAAAACUUGUCCAGAAAUGGAAAUUUCGUGAUUGGCGUGAUGCAGAUUAUAGUCAAGUUUCAUUUGAAUUUAUAAAAGUACAAGAAAAUCAUACCUUGCUUAAAUUAAAGCAUGAAAAUAUUCCCUUAACUAAUAAGUUUAAUGAAGGGGGAGUUAUAGAAAGGUGUAAAAAUGGAUGGACUGAAAAUAUUCUUCAUAACAUUGAAAUAAUAUUGGGGUACCCAAAAAAAAAAUAA